AUGGCACAUACUGCACUCAAUGAUGAUGAAAUUCAAGAAUAUUUCGAUUCACCCGAUGAACUUGACAAGAAAAUCAAAACUUUAGCAAAUUUCAUUCGCAAUGCAAAACAUUUCAUUGUUUAUACUGGAGCAGGUAUAUCAACAUCAGCUGGUAUCAAUGAUUUUCGUGGUCCGAAUGGUGUUUGGACAGCUGAAGCACGAGGUUUUGUUCCACCACCAUCGAACGUUCGUAAUCCAGAACCAACAUUAACACAUAUGGCUUUAGUUGAAUUAAUGCGAAAUGGUUAUUUAAAACUUUUAGUUUCUCAAAAUUGUGAUGGUCUUCAUGUUAAAAGUGGAAUAUCACCAAAUAGAAUCGCUGAAUUACAUGGCAAUUCCAAUUGCGAAGCAUGUGCAAAAUGUGGAAAAGUUUAUUAUAGACAAACACAUGUCAAUCAAUAUGAACAUAAAACAUGGUUAACAGGAAACAUGUGUACAGUACCGAAAUGUAAGGGUCGUUUACGUUGUACAACCGUUGCAUUUUCUCAAUCGAUGCCAGACGUUUGUUUGGAUCGAGCAAUUAAAGAAUCACAAAUUUGUGAUUUAAGUUUAUGUAUGGGCACAUCGAUGCGAGUUGCACCUGCAUGCAAAUUACCAUGUAUGAAUUUAAAAUAUGGACAGAAAAUGGUUAUUAUCAAUUUACAAAAGACUCCAUAUGAUGAUCAGUGUGCAUUGAGAAUAUAUGCACGAUGUGAUGAAGUAAUGAGUAUGGUUAUGAAAGAAUUAAAUUUAACUAUUCCACAAUAUACUGAUCAAAAAUUAUGGUCACAUACACAAUGGAUGGCAGAUUUUGAACAAAAUUGGCUAUUUCGAACUGCUGGUGAUAGAAAUUGGUUUUCGGGCGCUAUCUAA